UUCAAGGAAGCCCUUCCCUAUUACCUGAUGGCGGGAACCAGGAUCAGUAUCCUGGGUCAGUGUACAGAUACAGACAAGUUCACAAUCGCCUUCGAGGAUCUCACAACAGACAGGAAGGUGCUCGCCAUGGAUGUGGACAUGUCGACCAGAACCGCCCGCAGGUACCACGAGGUUGCCGAUAUGGCGGCUGACGACACCUGGAGUACAUUCCCCUUCACGGCGGGACAGACGUUCAACAUCACACUCAGUGUGCUUGUCGACAACAUCCGGAUACUGGUGGGUGACCAGGAGAUGACCCUGUGUGAAUACAAAACUCAGGCUCUCAGACUCGCCAGUCACGUGACCAUCCAUGGAGGGAUAACAGUGGAACAGGUGGACCUUAUUUACCCCUGAUUAUGUUAAUGACACUCGCACAAUAGCUCUCCUUUCCGUCAAUUAUCAUCCUCGAUUAUCCGGUGUAUUAUAUCCCAGAUAUCUCUAAUACCGUGGGAGGCACGGGUGGCCCAGUCGUCUAAGACGCCGCGAUUCGCUGUGCAGAGUUGCAUCUCUUGGACACGCCAGAAACCUAUGAUUAUGAGUUCGAAUAC